AUGGGGUUUGAGCACCAGUGCUGGAGCACCUCAAGGAUGUGGUUGCUGCUCCUGUUUGGAUUUUUGCUCUGCUCAGCCCCCUGUGCUGCUGGCCUGGGGGAUCAGGAUUUUUGGGAGAAUGUGACCUGUCAUAGGGAUGGGAUAGAAGUGGAGUUUUCCAGAGAGCUUAGCAACUACUCCUGGCACGUGGGUGUUGUUGAUGUGAGUGGUGAGGAGAUCGUGUCCUGUGACCACACUGUGGAUUAUGAGAGGCUGAUGCUCAGUGUCCUGUUUGUCAACUGCACCAGACUGGAGCACGGUCAGCACCAGCUCUGGCUGAGGCUGAUGGUGAAUGACACCAUGGGAGAGGAGAUGAAUAUUACCUACAGCGCUCACUGUGACAGCAUUCACACAGAUAAAGUCACCACUCCUGUGUUUGCUGGUGUGACAAACUGCACAAAAGACUUCAUGGCAGUUACCUUCCCAGGACUCAUGUCAAGUCUCAGUAAUGAGCAUAUGGUUCCAGCAGCUCCAAUGUCCUGGAAUCUGUCAGUUGAUGAUGGAACCAGAGUACAUCAGCUGAGCCUUGGGCAAGCAAUGCAGCAAGGAUAUAACUUCCUAGUUGAUGGCCACAACCUGAUCUUUCAGGUGGCCUUUGCUGCCACUGGAGUUGUGUCCUACAAGCACAACAAUAAGGUGCUCCACACUGUGGCACUCAAGCUCAUGUACGGCCCUCCUGAGCACAGACUGGCUGUGGAGUCAAGAAUGCUUUGUGCUCCAGGUCCAGCAAUCUGUAAUGCAACCCACAUGACUGUUGCCAUCCCAGCCUUUCCAGGGAUCCUCAUGGAUGUGGACGUAGAGAAUAAGACCAUCCCCAUGGAUCAGCUCCAGGAAAAUGGAAUCACUCUGGACACACAGAGAGGGGUCAGGCUGUAUAUUAGCAAGGGAGCCCUCAAAUCCAGGCUACCUGGGGAGAGCUGCUCAGGGCUUCAGUACUACAUGUCCUCUGUGAAACUGGCCUUUCACUUCCAUGGGGAGACUGUGGCAAUGGUGCUGCACCCUGAGUGCCCCUGUGAGCAGCACACACCAAUAGCUGCUGUGUGCACCCAGGAUGGGUACAUGGAUUUUGAAGUCCUUGCUGAGAGUACCACCCCACUGCUGGAUUUGGACACACUCAGGCUCAGGGAUCCUGUGUGCAGGCCAGCCUACAAGUCACCUUUGAAUGACAGGGUUCGGUUUCAUGUCCCACUGAAUGGGUGUGGGACCAGGCAUUGGUUUGAUGGGGAGCAGAUUCAUUAUGAGAAUGAGGUGAGGGCCUUAUGGACAGACCUUCCCCUGGGCAGGAUCUCAAGGGACAGUGAACUCAGGUUAACAGUCAUGUGCUCCUUCAGCAAUGGUGAUGCCUCCCUCACUAUACAAGUAGACCACCUUUCUCCUCCACCUUCUUCAGUGAAUCAAGGUUCCCUCUCUUUAGUUCUUCUGAGCUACCCAGAGGACUCGUUCAGGCAGCCGUACCGUGAGGAUCAGUACCCCGUGGUGCGCUACCUGCGGCAGCCCAUCUUCCUGGAGGUGCAGGUGCUGAACCGCAACGACCCCAACCUGCACCUGGUCCUGGAUGACUGCUGGGCAACAGCCUCCCCAGAGCCAAGAUCUCUGCCCCAGUGGAAUAUUGUUGUGGAUGGCUGUGAGUAUGACCUAGACAGCUACAGGACUGUGUUUCACCCUGUGGGACGUGGUGUCAGCUACGCUAACUACCGCCAAAGGCUGGAAGUGAAGACUUUUGCCUUUGUCUCUGGUGACAAAGCUGUUCCUGGCCUGGUGUACUUCCACUGCAGCGUUCUGAUCUGCCACCGUUUUCACCCAGACUCCCCAUUGUGCAUACCAAGAUGCCCAAGGCCAUCUAGGAGCAAGAGAGGAAGUGGGAUGGCAGCUGUGAACUCUGCUGUGGUGAGCCUGGGGGGCCCUGUCCUCUUUGUGCCAGAAGAAUGGUCUGCAGCACGAGGGAGCACUCUCCUGAGCAAGGAGGCAUGGGCUGGCAUUGCAAUGACUGCUGUUGGUGUUCUCUCUCUGGCCACAAUGCUACUCUUUUUGGCUUUUCCUAAAUGCCUGAAGAGAAGAGCCUACAUGGUAAAUGUGGUACAUUAAUGUGUAUUUCCAAAUAAACUUGGAGUAGUCACUUGGUGAAUUAUGUCUGUCAUGUAUUCCCUCUCCUGCAUCUGAUUAUGCAAAUCAACACUGCUCAUCCUCUGAAUGUGUCUCCUUAUUGUGGAUUUGUCCUUAACAAUGACUACAAUACUUAAUUUCCUGAGUGUCUUUGUUCUGAAAUAGGCCACUGCUAUGUUAAAUUCCUGUUGGACUUUGCACCGAUUUCCUUUUUUGAAUUGUUCAUCAUUGUUCAUAGUUGUGAUUCCAGUUAACUGGGUUUUUAAAAAUCCAUGUUGUGCCAGUAUCUACAGUAUGAGUAGCUCCUCCAGCUGCUCUUGUAAACAUGAGCCCUAUACUGUACCUGGAAAUUAAAACCUAGCUUUGUUGAAAGAGUUUAGCAACACCAAAUAUUUGUGUUAAAACUUUACUGUAGAAAAAAAAAAAAUCCCCUUUAUCCUUCUGGGAAUCAGGUCAUUACCAAAGGUCUUUGAAGGAGAUAUACAGUGGAGCCUCCCUUUUCUGCAUAUAGCAAUCUAGAAGGACACUAGAAAAACCCCAAAGUGGAACAGAAUUCCUGCUGCCAGAGUUGGUCUUCUGAUGGCUGAAAGUUCCACUGGCCACUGAAUAGGGGCACCAGGAAUAUGUAAUUUGGGGGUCUCAAAUUGGGGGAGGAAAAAAUGUGCAAGUACAGCUCAAGCUGUCUUGUCUGCACUAUUGACAGCACUGUCUGUAGAUGUAAUGCUGCCCACCUGAGGUGAGGGAGUUUUUCAUGCAGUUCUUACUUUGUAUGCCUCGCAUAGUCAAGGAAACAAGGCGUAAAAUAUAAUGUGACAGAGUGAAAGUGCUUUGUUGCAGUAGGAGUGUAACAGCCUUAGGUUAAACAUUGUGUGGAAACUUUGUGUGAGCAGGGUUAGUGAUCAUCACAAGUCCAGCUCUGUGGUCUCUGAGUGUGCAGGGUUUCAGAUCAAGUCAGUGCCCAGACCCUGACACUUGUCAAACGUGUUGUGCAUAACCAGCACAGGCUGUGGGCUUGUCUGCCACAGCCCCUACUGCACUUAGGCAUUAUUAAUGAGCUAUUA